AUGCGCUCGUUAUACCACACAGUGGAGUCUGCAUGGCGUAAGCCUGUGACCUCUGGAUCAUAUCCCAAGGGCUGUGCAGCGUAUGGCAUGACAACGGACGGCGACAGCCGACUGUUCAUCUACGGCGGCAUGGCAGAGUACGGCGAAUACUCCGAAGCU